GUGGAAAGUGGGACGGAUUUUCUAUAUUUGAAAAGUGGCCGGAUUUUUUGGGAUCAUUAUGCUAUACGGUUACAAUUUAAUUUGGGUAAUACGGUUUCUUUUUUCCAGAAAAAUAAAACAUAAUUAAAAUGGCUGAUUUAAUGCUGAUUUUAGGGGAUAAAAAAUGGAAUAUAUUUUGGGUGGUCAGUGUUUGGUUAUUAGUAGUGUUUUGUUAGAGUAGUAUUUAAAAUCAUUAAUAGUGUUUUCAUUCAUUAUUCAACAACGUAAUAGUGUUUUCAAUAGGGCUGUCAGUCGGUCGGUUUUGAUUUAACCAAAAAUUGAAAAGUCGGUUUUCGGUUAAACAAAGCGACUCCCUAGCAUUAUCGACCACCGACCGGCGCGUUUCACACGAUCACCGCCUAACCAACUGGUCGGUUAUCGGUUAUAACCGCGGUUAGCCGAAUUAAAUACAAAAAGUUAAAUAAAAAAAAAGAAAAGAAAAGAACCCACCUCACAUUUUCAUCCUUAUCUUCUUCUUCUCUCCUCACCCAAAAAGAAAACGUGGUCUUUUCUUCUCCCCUUUCUCUACUAACCGCCUAACCCUCCAUCUCCAAGCCUCUUCUUCUCUUCUCUCUCUCCCAACCAAAACUAGAGGAUAACCCACUUCCAUUACCCUCCAAAUCUCAAUUUUCCUUUCUCUCUCUCAGCCAAACUCAAUUCUCAUUCUCUUCUUUUCUGAACUCAUGGAGACAUGGACAAAAACCAUUUUUUUUCCUUCUCACUUUCAUGGCCGCGGUUCAUCUGCUCGGGGACGGCGACGACGACGACGACGACGGAUGGACGGGAAAGAGGAAGGAUGGAGGUGGCGGCGUGAGGCGACGCGAUGAGGACGGGAUCUGGGCAGCGGCGAGGAAGGGAUCUGGACGGGUGCGACGCGACGAGGAAGGAUCUGCAUGGCGGCGAGGAACAGAGGAAGGCGGCGGCUGUGAGGCGACGAGGAAGGGAGCUCGGCGGCGGCCGUGACUCGUGAGGGUGAGGGUCUGAUGAGGGGAUUAUAGGGUUUCAGAGUGGGGUUAAGGGUAGAUGUCUUUUUUUGCAAGGAGGGCAAUAUAUGAGGGUUGGUCGGUUUGAGUCGGUUUUUUCAGAUAACCGCGGUUAAUAAUCGUCGGUUACUCGGUUAUCCGAAACUUUUUAUUCUCCUCCGUGCACCGACCGAAGUAAUCUUAGUCUCGGUUUUUGGUUAGCCGAAAACUGGUUGGUUCGGUUGUAACCGGCGUUAUCCGCUAACCGGAAACCGAACUGCCAGCCCUAGUUUUCAAGAUAGUAGUGUAUCUUAGAAGAAUUAUAGUCCAUCCAAUGAUAGUGUUUCUUCACAAUUGUAGUUGUUUUUGCAAAGAAGUUGAUUUGCUGCUGCUUUGUACGUAAAGUUAAACCAAUAGAGAAUAGAAUUUAUUACUACUACAUAAAAAACAUAUUAUUCUGCUACAGAGUACAGAUACUUAAAAAAAAUUAACAUAGAAAUUGGAAACACUACACAAAAAAAGAGAACCACUACUACAAACAGACAAAUUGCUACUACUAAAAAAAAUCACUGCUACUUUUCAACACAAAUCGAAUCGAAUUUAUUACUACUACAUAGUAAACAUACUAUUCUGUUACACAAACUCUAAAAACACUACCAUAAGAAAAGAAAAACACUACCCAAAAAUUGACAACCACUACUACAAAUAGGCAAUCGCUACUACUAAAAAAUAACUGCUGCAUCCCAAAACUUCCUUAUCUCCUCCCCUGCACAUUACCAGUUCACGAGCCUAGCACUGAAACAAAAGAACAAAAAAAAAAAAAACAUCUAUUAAGAUUAAUUGGGAAAUUCUAUAGUGCCGCCACUGUACUGGUGCCGCUAUUAGUAACCGGCUACUGCAGGUUGGGUAAGUGAGAUAAACCGUUUACGUAUAUAUAUAACAGUUGGAGUUUUCAUGGGAAACACGUUUCCUUUGCUUUAUUUUUCCCCCAAUUAUUCUGCAUCUUAAUUUUUUUUUUAUUGGUUUCAUUGUUUGUGUGUACAUUAUAAGGCAGCUAAUCGGUACAAAACUAUAUUCUACAAAAUCCUACAAAACAUUAAUGUGUAGGAUGAUAAAAAUAUUUGGAACCGUGGAUAUUCGUUUGUAACUUUGUAUCCAAUUUAAUCAGGUAGAAUAAAACUCGAAUUCGAAUAAAUUUUAGCGGAUACGGGUAAACUCCGAACUCGAAUAUUGCGAGUAAUGGGUGGAAAUGGUUUUCUCACUAUCAACCCGAACUCGACCGAUUAUACACAUAUACAUUAUUUAGAAAUAAUUAUUAUUUUUCUCAACAUAUUUUAUAUUAGCAUACAAAUAUAAUUUUUCAUGAAAUCGUGUUUUUUUAAUUAAUUUUUUUCAUUCUAGUGAUUUAUUGUCGCACUUUUUCACUUAUACAAUGCGAUCAUACACGUGAAUGUCAACAUGUUGGUUGAAACUACAAAUAGAAAUUAUUAUCCAUGGAGAAUCGUGGAUGCUAAAAUCCGAAUUCCUUUAGGUAGAUUAGUGUUGUCAAUUUUAGAUAAUAUUAAUGUUAUUUAUUUUCAAAUAAUUUCAUAACAACAUCAAGUAUUUUUCCCAAUAAAUCUUAAUUUUUUUCUCCGUAUAGGUUGUGUUUAUGGUAUGGAUGGAGAAAUCGUAGCGGAUUGAUAAAAGAUAUCAAUAGGGUGACCAAAACCAACAUGGUAUGAAUAGUAAGGGAUAAACUAUAUUCUUAAAGUAAGGGGAACACUAUGUCAGUUAGUUUUUGAUGAUUUUACAGUCAUACAACGAUUUAUCAAUUGAUUUUGACGUUUUUUACCAGAAAAAUCAGUUUUUUUUUGUUUCUAACAGAUUGUAUUCAUUUUGAUUUUCUUGGUGUUUCAAAUCAUCUUACCACUGUCAUGGCAUCAUGAUAUUAUCACCUUGGUUGUAUUAUGGUGUUAUCUCUACCAUAGCGGUAAGAUGAUGGUAUGACAGUACUGAAAUUGCAUUAUGAAAUUUUACCACAGUGGUAUGAUUUGUUAUGAUAGUAAUAAGAUAGUAUGAAGUCGUAUGAUGUUGAUAUGAUAGUGGUAAGAUAGUACGAAAUCUUAUAUUUGAUACAUAAAUUGAUAUAAUCACAUUACUAUCAUGUCAUAAUAUGAUAACAUAUUAUCGGAAAAGGGGUGCAAAAUUAUUUUUAAUUGGAUGGUUACACAUUAAUAGGGAUGACAACGAGACGGAUUAUGUACGGAUUGCAUAUCCGUUACCCUUAUAAACAACUAAGUGUAUUGCAAUACAUAAAUAAAAAUGAAAUGCAUUUGAGAAAAAAUUGAAAUGCAUAAAAAAAUCCGUAAAGCAAAUCAUUUAAUAAUAUUGUGCGCACUUUUUAAAAGGAAAAGACCUGACACUAGCAGGUAAUUAAUUACCGGGGAUAGCAGGUAAUUCAAGUGCGGCACUGUAGAAUUCCCCAGAUUUAAUUGCAUGCAUCUCCGCAAAUCGCUACACACAAAAAAGUAACCUCCAUAGUCCAUACCCAUUCAAUUGUAAAACCAACAAAGCUGGAAAAAACGAUAAGCUUAAAAUACUAACAAAACACUACCAACUUUUCAAAGCACUCAUAGAUGAAACAUACUGCGGAAUGGAAUGAACAAAGUUAAAAUGAAGAGCACAACAUUAUAAUUCAUUGGGAAGCCCAACUACCGUAAAACCUACUAGUGUGGUAGUGCCCAUAAAAUUCCUACCACAUCAAAUCAAUAAAUUAUGAAUCAUGACAUCAAGCUCUCGUUAUAAAACUACUACCCUGGUGAAACCCUACCCAUGUCAAUAUAAUUUCUAUGAAACCAAAGCAGCAGAUGAGAAAAGCGGACCCAAAAUCUCGAAUUCUAGAGUUGGAAAACACUACUACGACGCAACAAAACCCUAUCCCUCCUCUCAAUUCGAUGAAACAAAAUGCUAGCCCUCCUCCAAACAAGAUGGACAAUCAAUAUCCAAAAACUGAGAUCUGAACGGACACAGAAAGAAGACAUGCAGCAAAACCCACCGAUCAACGAGUCCGAAGAACAAACCGCUUGUGAACUCGGGCGAGAUUGAAUUCGUCGACAGAAACGUAGGGGAGGCAGGAGAGAACGCGGAGGGGAGGGGCAGGCAGGGCAGAGGCAAGCCAAAGGUGCUGCAAAUUUUAUUACCCAGUAAAUACAUAAAAUCAUCAUGUCACAUGAUCCAUUGUGAAUUCUCCCUAUAGAGCAAUCAUGAAGCUUCAGAAUGAAUAAUGAAAAAUGCAAUUUCAU